UCCAAGAGGACCGAAGAACAGCUUCUAAACUUCCAGCAAUGGCGGCGGCGUCACCGGCCCUAAGCAACAAUUCCCCAGUGGCAAAUAGUCCUAACGUCGCCUCUGCCGCUAGCGCUGCCGCAAUAAUUCCGACGACGACCAACUCUUCUCGGAAUCUCCGUGGUCUCAAUAAGCCUAAAUGUAUCCAGUGCGGAAACGUUGCUCGAUCCAGGUGUCCCUACCAGUCAUGCAAGAGCUGCUGUGCAAAAGCCCAGAAUCCAUGCCAUAUUCAUGUGUUGAAGAACAGUUCAACUUUCCCUGACAAGGCGCCAGCAGCUGAUUCUGCUACGUUUGAUCAGAAGUUAACUGAAGCAUCUCCCUCUGGGAGUUCACAUAGGCUUACCUCACUCAGGCAACUUUCUAACAAUUUUGCCCAGUUUAACAACUUGCAAAGUCCACUGCGCUCGAAAAAGCCAUUGACUAGAAAAGAUGCGGCUAACAUAAAUGAAUGGAGGUUUAAGAGGUUGAAAGAAUUCAAGGAACAAAAUAUCGAGUUGGAGAAUAAAGCUUUUGACCGGUACAUGCAUAAUGUAUGUUUACUGGAGGAGGUUUUUUCUGUAAACUCCAAAUUACAGUCUCCUCCGAGUCAGGAUAGCACUGCCCCACUUUCAAGCCCUACACCUGCUUCUGAAGAUAACAAAGAAAUAUCUAAUAGUGAACUUGUACUGAAGCUAAGAUCAGACACAGUCAGAACAGAGAAUUUCAAAAGGAGACUCAGAGACAUAGUGGACGAUGGUUUAAGAAAGCUUAAGAAUGUUGAAUCAGAUAAAACUGGCAAAAAUUCAGAUGAACCUGUCAAAAACUCAAAGGAGAAAUCUUUGUGGGGUGAGAGGUCUACGUCUUUCAACGACCUUCUAGAUAAGUUGAGUAAGGCUCGUAACAAUGAAGAUUUGAAAUCUUGCUUGGAGCUGAAACGCGAGCUCUUCAAUGAUAAAGCUAAAUCAGCUCAAUCCGAAGCAGAAGGUGAAGAGAUACCGGAACCAGAAAAUGAGCCAUCCUCACCAGGUCUACAGGCCACCUAUAAUCCUCCUAAAUGGUUUUGCAAAAGUAAUAUAGAUCAAGAUGAUGUCAAUAGCCUCGACUUGCAAUUUCCUUCUCUCGAAUCUAUUGGAAAUUGAUGAUCCAAACAUUAAAGGCCAAAAUUGUUAGCAAUGUCAUUAUUAUGGGAUGGUUAUGAACUGAAAUUGAAAGCCCAAGAGGGUCUGUACUCUUCUGUAUCAUUAGUGUUCAAAAAUUAGUUGCUGAUGAUUUACAUACAAUGGGGGCAAACAGUUUUACCCAAUUUCCUAACCGCCCAUUGAUCCAUAAUUGUGUGUAAUAUGCCAAAGGUAUUAACUAAAUUCAAAUCAUAUGGUUUAGUUUCUUUUUGUGAA